CACCUGUCACACCUUUCACCUCAACAAGCCAGCUGUGUUUACCCUCAACAUCCCUGUAGGGAAAGUGGUGGUCAAGGCUGCAGUGAACCUUGCUGAGCGUGAGGUGCCCAUCAGUGGCAUGCAGAGUGACGCUGAUGAUGAGAUUUACUGGAGCAAGAAGGUUGAGCAUCACAAAAUUCCUUCCAAGGAGGACUUCCUUUAUCUGGUCACCACAUACGUGAACAACUUUGUGGGGAGUGAGGUGAGCCAGGAGGUCAUCAGUAACCUGGUCAACUACAGUCACCUCUACAUCACAGAGACAGAAUCAGCAGUCAGUCACUACAACUUUGGUCAGUUCAUCCAAGACCACGAGUUCCUAAGCGCUAUUGUGUUCGAGAAGCUGCGACUCUUUCCAAAAGUCUCAGGUGUCUGUGGAACUUACUACGCUGUGCAGUACUUUGAGCCACUCACCAGGAACCCCAUGCAGCCCUUCAGCCUGAGUUGGCGGGGGAGGCUUUGGAAGGCUCUGGACAUCUUGAAGUAUAUAGGGCAGCUGGAAACAGCUGGGAGGGAGCCACUGCAUCUGUGUGAUGUAAAGCAUGACCAUUUUGGGUGGAACGAGGCAGGCAGCCUGGCCUUCCUCGACCUUGACUCGGUGCUGUAUGAAAGCUCCCUCUUGAGUAUGAUGGAAAACACCCCACACUGCUCCACCCAUGAGGACUGCUCCUACUUUGACUGUAAGGGGCGCUGUCACCUCAGGACCAACAGGUGUGAGCUGGAGCGCAUCAACACCAACCUGCAGGUGAUAUGUAACAAAAUAUUUCUGGGAAACUCUGACUCUGUGCUGUCUUUCUAUGGAAUGCUGGUGUCUGCUGAGGCUCCUGAGGAGCUGGAAGAGGCAUUAGAGUUGUGUCGUACCAAUCGUGGCAUGACUGUGGACAGCAUGCAGGAUGUUGUCAGCCGGGCCUCCAAUGCUCUCAUGUUCUAACAAAUGUUGGGAGCUGAUAGUCUACCUCUCCUUGUCUGUCUGUCCAUCUGCCUGUGUAGUGCUGUCUUCUCUGUCUGUAAGUAUGCUUAGUUUUGUGGUCUGUGGAACAUCGGUGCAUCCUUUUUAUAUUUUCACUUCAGACUUUUCCCUCUAAAAUUUUAGCCUCACUAAAAUGUGAUAAGGAGCAUGAAAAAUACAUUCAUAGGUUAAUAUAAUUUUAGUACACAUAUUUAAAAAAAUCCCAACUUUUUUGUUUGAUGUGUUUUGUGGUGAAGGGCACCACAAAAAAGUCAUAUUUUAAGGUAUAUAACCAAAGCUUAAGCACACAAAAUUCUAGUCAAUUGUCUGAGACAAACUUAUAUAUAAAAAUUUUAAGUAAAAUUUAUGAAUGCAAGACCAAUUAAAAAAACUUUCAAGUUUUUUUUUAUCAAUGGUUUGAUGAUGGAAGCGAAACUCAUGUGAACUAGGACACAAUAUCCCAUUUCUGAAAUUCAUCCCACAGUAUAUUUUUCAGUACCAUUUUUCUGGUCCCUUAGUUCACUGUUUUCUAAACAGUAUAAUUUACAGUCAACUUUUGUGCAGCUAUAUAAUGUAGUAUUUAUUUUAAAUAAAUACUGAAGAUAACCAAUCCUGUGUUCUACCAAACAUUGGGUUAGCUGCAAGGGACAUAAAAUAUUCCAGGGUUGUCUUGCAUCUUGUCCUUUUGUCUGGUUUGCCAUGAAUUUAUAUUAUUGGCUUUAAUCGUACUUUAGCUCCUAAAUAUUAGGAGAGAGGUCACAACUGUAAGUAUAACUGCCAAAGAGCUAUUUCUGUAAGAAAAUAAACUAUACAAAGUU